CUCGUUUCCACAGCUUUAUUACCUUUUCAGCAAGUGCCUUCUUGCAAACUGUUGCGAUCGAGCUGUCACACCGGUUUCGCGAAGGCUGGCAUCAUGAGCGUGAUGGAGGUUCUCUUCGAGUUGCUGGUGGUGUUGAUCAAGACGUUGGGCACCGUCUGCGUUUCUCUUUUCCGAUGUGUGAUCCCGGAACCUUUCAAGUCGGUGAGGGAGAAAGUGAUUCUGGUGACCGGAUCCGCCGGAGGACUGGGCCGGCUGCUGGCUCAGAAAUUUGCUCUAUUAGGUGCCAAAGUUGUUCUGGUGGACAUUGAUGAAGUCCGCAACAAUGAAACGCUUCAGAACAUUAAAUCGAUGCAAUGUAAAGCUUAUGCCUACACCUGUGAUGUCAGUAACGAAAAUCAGGUCGAAUCUUUAGCCGAUAAAGUGUUUCGGGAGGUGGGGGAUGUAGACAUCCUCAUCAAUAAUGCUGGGGUUUUGCCAGGAAAGCCACUCUUUGACCUGACCAAUGCGCAAAUAAAGAAGACAUUUGCCAUCAACUCAUUGUCUCAUAUGUGGAUGAUUCGGCAAUUUCUUCCUCGCAUGUUGGACCGAGGCGAAGGACACAUCGUGGCAAUAGCUUCAGUUGCCGGCAUCUUGGGUUGCUCCUACCUCGUGGACUACUGUGCAUCCAAGCAUGCAGUUAUCGGAUUGAUGGCAGCCCUUCGAGAGGAAUUGCAUGAAAUGGGAAGAGAAGAACAGAUACAGCUGACAGUUAUUUGUCCAUCCACCAUGAAUACUGGAAUGGUGCAGAACCCUAAAACAAGGUUUCCAUCCCUGUUGCCAAUUCUGGAUGUUGAUAAAGCAUCGGACAUCAUCGUCCAAUCUGUUCUCCGAGACAAGAGAUUCGUAGUCAUUCCCACCUUUGUUCAUGUGAUCUACAAAUUUUUCAACUUAUUUCCACCUCAAGUGCCAUUGCUGCUGCAAAGAUUUCUUGGUUAUACCAUUGACCCUAAUGUGAAGUAAGCCAUUGACUGGUGUCUUCAUUUAAUUUGUUUCACAGCAACUAACUUACUCUCAUUUGUGUUAAUAAGCGGUUGAUAUUUGUACAUACUUUUUAAAGUAUUUUUUAUUAUGGAAUUCUAAGUUUUGACAGAAUAAACUUGUUUAAAAAAAUGAACAA